CAUGUCACAUGUUAUGACAAAGAUUUGCCAAGCUUGCUAAGCCUAAAGUUGACCCCAUUCGAGUACCUUCAAUGAGUUUGCAACUUUUGUCGGUGACAAGGCAUAUUUGGCGCAGCACAAGAUUCUUUAAUAACGUCAACCGAAGGCUUGUGUCGUCGUCAAGCAGUCAUCGGCAGGAGCACAGCGUAGCUACAGCGAUCAUGUCAGAAAAACACCUCGAAGCCGGUCAGCCUCUGCCAGCCUUAAAGGAUGGCUCCGUCCGUCUCUUUAGCAUGAAGUACUGUCCAUUUGCACAGCGCCCUCGCUUGGUUCUAAAGGCCAAGGGAAUCGAUUAUGAAGAGAUAAACUGUAACUUGAAGAACAAGCCGGAGUUUCUCUUGGAGCGACAUCCAGAUGGGAAGGUCCCCGUCUUCGAACACAACGGCAAAGUCGUCAUCGAGUCCAAUGUCAUCUGUGAUCUCCUUGACGAGGUGUAUCCCAACCCGCCUCUCUACCCCAAGGAUCCAUUUGAGAAGGCCAAGGAUAAGAUCGUCAUGGAAACCUAUUCAUCAAAGGUGAUUCCAGCAUUCUACCAGGCAAUCAGGUCAGGAGGGCAGAACGAAGAAGCAGCCACAAAACUCCUGGCUGGCCUGACCUUGUUUGAUGCCGAGCUCAAGAAACGAGGAACUCCGUUCUUUGGCGGCCAGCAGCCCAACAUGGUGGACUUCAACACCUGGCCCUUCAACGAGCGCCUGGCGGUCUCGGACCCGCUGAUGGACCUCAUCAAGGCCAAGCUGCCGGACCUGGACGCCUACUUCCAGCGGAUGGUGGCCAACCCAACCGUCAAGGCCAUCAUCAACAGCAAAGAGAUCUACCUGAAGUUCUUCGAGGGCUACGUGACCGGCAAUUAUCAGUACGAUUUCUGACUAGAUGGAAAGACACCAAGUCUUCAAAUGGAAAAAGACUCGGGCUACUCACUGGCAAAGCUAUAAAAAUCAUCCAAUUUUUUAAAAUCAUUGUUUACAGGGUGACCGUAAGGUCAGAGCCAAAUUCUGCUAAAUGCGCAUCAAAAAUCUGUCAGAUUUAUCAAAAAUCUGCCAAAUUCCCCAGAAUUACUCGAAAUACACUAUGAACACUUAAAAUUACAUGCAGAUUUGUAGGAUUGCCUUAAUUAAGAUUCAAAUUACAUAUAAACAAUCUAGUCAAAUAAAGAUGUUGUUCAUUUUGGUAAAUUUCGGGCAAAACGUGGAUCCGGCCACGACGAAGUCCAUUUCCCAGUGAACCUCAGCACCUAGACCAGCCAUCCUGUGGUUUG